UGCAAUGCCCGCACGAUUCGUCUUAAUCCCUCGACAACGACGUCUUUAAAAAUCCAAUACCAAUGAUCCCAUGGGUAAAAAGCGUGAGGUUACUAUUCUGCCGUUUCUCACAAAUUGGUACAAAGGGCGAAAGUCCGAGUCCGAAAAAGGGGGUCAAACCAACCGCGAAAAAUCCGAUCCAGAGGCCAGACCUAAAACAGUCACAGCGAUAACGACAACAGCAACAACAACAUCAGGCAGCUCUAGCGAGGACUCUAAGGACUGGGAAGAAACUACAGUGGACUCCGUCAACGGAACCUGCCAGAUAAGGCUUUGCUAUAGAGUACUCCAGCAAUGUGGCAAAGGCACCUUCGGAACGGUAUUCAAAGUCAAAGUAGAGUCUCCGGAUUCUGUUGAAGAGAUCCUAGCCAUGAAACUGGUCAAAAGUCGAAAACGGGCUAAGAUGCGAGAAAUUAACAUGAUGAAACUUAUGAAUCAUCCAAAUCUUGUAAAACUGCGUUAUUUUUGCACCGUUGGUAUGUGUCAAAUGCGGACUCGUCAAUUGAUAUUUAUGGAAUGGAUGCCUGAGAGUUUGCACGUGCUCGUGUCUCGUCACAAAAAGCAGCAGGUUCCAAUUGCACCAGUUUUAAUACGUUGCUUUACGUGGCAGGUGUGUCGGGGUUUAGCUUUCAUGCACCACCGGGGUAUCGCGCACCGUGACCUUAAGCCCUUGAACAUGCUGGUCGACUUUUCCAAAGGCCUUCUGAAAGUGUGCGAUUUUGGCUCGGCGAAACUUCUAACCGACGGUGUACCAAACACUGCUUAUAUCUGUUCGCGUUGGUAUCGAGCGCCUGAGCUGCUCUACGGUAAUAAGCGUUACAAUUGUGCGAUAGAUAUUUGGUCUAUUGGAUGUUGUCUCGGUGAGAUGAUCCGAUUAGCGCCCUUGUUUCGAGGUCACAAUACGGCCGACCAACUCGAAAAAAUUUUGCGUACGUUAGGAUCGCCAACGAAACGUGAACUCAUCAAACUUGGCGUAAAGGACAAUGAGUUACCCAGUCAACUUACCGCAAAAGAUAUGAACAAUGUACUAGAUUGCCGGGCGUCAAAAAAUACGAGGUCGUUUCUAUUGCAGUUGUUGAGGUACGCCCCCAGUGACAGGCCAACAGCGUGGGAUUCCUUAGCAGACUCAUUUUUUGACGAGCUACGGUUGCCAGAGUGCUGCUUACCUAAUGCGGAGCCGCUUCCCGAACUAUUUAACUUCAGUACUGAAGAACUAGAAUAUAAUUCGCAGAUAAACGACUUGUUAAAGCCGAAAGUAUCUAGCGCACGAUCCACUCUAAGAUUGAGUGCUUAUGCGAGCGCACGUUCUAGUCUUCAGAUUAACGCUUAUAAUAAUAGUAAUGAUAAUUAUAAUAAUACUAACAAUAGUCAGCUUACAAGCUAUGUAGCCCAGGUGGACCCACCCAAGAAACAAUCAAGUUCACGAGUAAAAACCGCUUAUACGUGAUUAUAUUGACUCUAUUCAAAGUACUCUACUAUAUAUACAUUUAUGUUUUUGAAGAUUUGUCUCACCGAUCAGACACACCGGACCGCUCACUCGUUCGUGUUCCGAUUAUUGUUUACAUAAAUGAGCACAGCAUGGUGGUGAUGAUCUAAAGAGGUUAAAUGAGGUGGGAGAGGUUAAUUUAAGUUAAAGCUGAAAUGAAAGAACAUAGUUAACCCUUCAAAAAACUAAUUGACAAAUUGAUUGCAAUGGCCCGAAUCGGCCUUAGUAACAGUUGACAUUACCCACACCGUUGUAGCAGUUCUUUAAUUUUCAACGCUUUCUCAGUGCGCUAAAUAUGACUAGAAAGCUCGUUUCAUCGAAUAAAUGUUCGAUAUGUAUAUAUGUAUGUACAGUGUUAUUACGUAACAC